AUGCGUGGUGCCGACAGUGUUUCCUUUCAGGUGGGUAAUGCGGACAAUGCGCAGGUGUGUGGCUUCGUCACAAUGAGCCAAUUCACUUGCACCUGGAACGUGGUGGGUAUGGGAUGCAAGAGAGGGGGCUGGGAAGGAGAGAACACAGUGCAAGUAUGCCUCACGCACAAGUUAGUAGUGCGCCCUUUCCACCACAGUCCUGAUCCUUGUCGUUUGCGGUUGGACGAACUUAUUCUGUUCACCCUGCAUACUUCCCUUGUUCCAGAUUCCUUGUCAGUUGGCCUUACUCGGUAUUCCUGGUACUACCUAGUCACAAAUUUUGGUGCCUGUGCCCGCGCGAGCCCUUCAGUCAGCUACGUCGUGUUCAGGCGGCCUAUCACCAGUAAAGCGCUUUCUUUCGUUAACUCUGGAGUUGUACUUUGCACACACUGUUCUGCCUACGUACUUACUCUGUGUCAGCCUGCCGUCGCAUUGUUCCAUGUUCUGUCGUGGUUUUCAUACCAUCGUCCCCAACAGCAGCUGAGUAGUGUGAUACCGAAGUUAGCACAUCGCAGAAUAUUCACUGCCGAUUCAGGGCGGGGACAGAGUCCGUCUGAGCGUUUUGUGUGCUGCACUUGAAUUUGUCCUAUCAAGGUCCACACUGCGUACACCGUGCUGUGUGGUGUUGGACUUUCUUCGAGGUACUUUUCGGUUUACCAGAUUUUGCCGUGCCGUUCUGUCUUACUGGCGGGUUUUGUCUUUUUUUUCAGGACGACGUUACAAAGCAACUGCAAUGUCAAGACCUGGACACCAGCAACGGCCUGCUCUUCCCCUUCUACGACCCGGACAGUAGUCUGAUUUUCCUCGUCGGAAAGGUGAGCAUUCUACUUACUUAAUGGAGGCUGUGACAGUUACUUAAGGAAAUUUGUGAAGGUAUCUGGUCAAACGCCCCUAUAUAUGCACGCUUUACGAUAGCGUACUGAAUAAAGUAGCCUUGCGUCGUACGUUCUAUUCACCUGAUCGGGCUGUGUGCUCUUUUUCCACCACCUCCAUCAAUUCAGUUUUUCCACCUGUAUGUGGGACAUGUCAGUGCGCUUUCCGCCGUGCGACUGUCUGUUGCGGUGGUCACAAGCGAAACCCCACUGGUGGGCGUAUGUAUGCGGACGAGGGUAUUUACUGUGAUGGAUUGACGGGUUGCACGAGCUGGCGCCACGAGGCUGUGCUGAACACUCCAGCCACUGGUAGGUAACACUUUUGACUGGCGGAGGAAUCCAAACCAGGGUAUAGGCGACGUGCCCUCACAGCGGGGGAAAUUUUUUGCCCAGUCAGGCUUGGCCAGUAGCACGGGACCAGCCAUGUUGCAGUGCGCUCCCUACGGGAACAUCAUGCCAGUCCAGCGGUCACGUCCCAGCACAUCGCCACUCUUAGUGCGACCUUGCUACUGGGUCGCGGCGGGACCGAGAAGGAACAGGCACUUCCACAACAAUAAUUUCCAAGUCCUACAGAAAAAUCCACAUCGAUCAUGUAGGCAGUAAUGGCUACUUCGGAUCGUUUUUCCCUAAAAAUGACGGGUUUCCGUGGACUUCGGCAGCUGUCUGGACAACCACACUGGGAAAAGCAUCGUUUUGCAAUACAAGCCAGAAGACGAGUUCCAGAAAGCAGUGGAGAAGACAAUGCGAUCGCUGGUACAAGAAUUUUAUUUGCCUAUCGCUUCGGGUACUCAGAGCGAUUGGCUAUCCGUGCAACUUUGUUAACGGGUACAUGGGCAAAUGAGGCGCUUCCGUAUUUCAUGAAAAUUGCGGAAGUCGUCAACCGCCUUCCCACAAUACUUGGGGUUAGGGUUGCACACAGACCGGAGGGAGGCAACCAUCAGGCGUCAGGUCGGGAGACCGAAAGCCCUGCUGCCGCGGUAGGAAGCGUCUGGAGUCGUUUGCCGGAUCUGGCACAGUUGCGGACAAAAUAACUACCUCGGAGUAACGAAGAGAUUACUCUGGACGCGAAGGGUCGAACAUGCAGCAUUGGGAAGGAGUGGCACCGGUUCCUAAGUCGCAGCACAGUCGAUGGGACCCAACCACACAUUCUAAUUCGAUUAGACUGAAGUUAUCGCGAGAAGUGACAAACUCAUGAACCGCGAACUGCGACACUGAAUCUUUGCUCGGACAGAGUAGUCGGCCGCUCAGGGAGGGCGUGAACCGAACACCUUUUUAGUGCCAGUGUCAGCGACUGAGCCAGGAUGACCGGAGACGGGAUCGAACGGCUACAUAGCCGUCCAUGCGUACCACGCACGCCCGGUCCGCGAUCGAUGAACCAGGUUUUUGCAGAAGCAAGGAAGCUGCGGCUGGGAUCCCAAGUGAGUGAGAGUGCCAUAUAGACCACAUUAGCAAAUUGCCAUUGCAGCGUGACUCUCCGAGAUGACCAAGUUAGCCUGUCAUUUGAGGACCUUUUAGGCCCCGAAUUUCAAUGCAUUGAGGUAGUCUAAAAGCGCUGAGCGUCGUGGACUGGAGUCCUUGGAGUCGACCUCACACUUAUUUCCCUGGCCUAUACUUCGGUUCACUGUCCGAACCGGUUGGACGUCUGAUGCGCGGAAUUUGCGCAAGUGACUGGCGCAGCAUGCGCCAACCCCUACGCUUGUCACCACACAUCCCCAUGUUUGGUAUUUCUUACUGGAUGUGUAACCUAUACACUGUCUGGCUAACUCUUGCCGUGCCCUGGUCUGGUCCCAGUGCAUCACCCGCGUGGUCCGCUGUAGGGACACUGUUGAUUGUGACAGGUAUGUGGGGGGGGGGUAUGCUAUAAACACUGCAUGUGCGCCAGACUGUAUCUAUGGAGCUCCCUGCUGAUGAGACCUUGCGCAAAUCCAAAGCGUCGGGCGAUCGCAUCUUCGUCUCUCCACUCUGUGGAGGGGACUAAAAAAUUUCCGCAACCAUUUUAUUUUCACUGAUUGCCUAAUUGUGGGAAACUCGGUAGGACUCGAAAGCUGCAGUACGUUGAGCGGAUAAGUUGCCCAAAAUUCCGCCUGCGCUUCGUAACUCAGAUGGUUAGAUCGUCGGCUGUGCUUCAGCCUUGUCCGUUCAGUCGGCGGUCCGAAUUCCAUCAAAACCGUCCAGCUCUCUACAAGUGGUUUGUCAGUUAGAUUGCUUAAAUGUACCUUAUCAGGCCAGCCGACGGCGGCUACCGGAAGGGAGGGACCAUCUAUUGUUGAAACGCAGUAACUAUGAACGGCAUCCGUCCCCAUCAUGUAGUUCCCUCUGCAGCCACGAACGGUCUCGCGCGACCCAUUUUUUUCGACGGUCUUUUGCAUCCAUUUCUGAAUGUGGCAUAUUACAGAACCCAACGACUGUAACAGUUCCAGUUUUAUGUAAUGGGAGGACUACUGAAAACGUGCAUUCCUGCCAAACAAUACCCGAAAUGACCAAUCGCCGAAUAUGUAUGUCGGUUGUUACCCACUUGGUGAUUAAAGAUCGAUGGCCAACAACUGUUUGAAUCUGCUGCAUUUAUUCUCUUUUUGUACACACGUUCUCUUUGCUCCCCCAAUUCCUCCACUGGUUUCUAAAUUCAUGCUGGCAUUUUCUCCGGCCGGACGCCUCACCCUUAUAUCCUGUCAUCUUUCGUUAAAUUUAAUGGCCAUCUUCAUUUUGUUUUCCAUUUCCUUCCUCCUUUCAGGGUGACUGUUCAAUUCGGUACUUCGAGAUCACAGACGAGGAGCCCUUUGUUUACUUUAUCGACACACUGACGAGCACUGAUCCCCAGCGCGGUAUGGGUUGGAUGCCCAAGCGCGGUCUCGACGUGAACCAAAACGAGAUUGCCAGAUUCUACAAGCUUCACGCCAAAGGCCUCUGUGAAGUCAUCCCCUUCACUGUACCUCGAAAGUCGGUCCUAUAUCAGGAUGACCUUUAUCCGGACACUGCCAGUGAUGUGCCCGCCCUCUCCGCCGAGGAAUGGAUGUCUGGCAAGAAUGCACCCCCUCUUCUGGUAGGUUGGUCCCCUUCACUAGCAUGUCCGUUCUGAUUCUUUGUGCACAUCUUUGCUCGCUCGUUUUUUUAAAAUUCGGGUCUCGAACGUAAUUAUUACUGUCAUAAAUUCGAUUAAUAUUUGCCCCUCCGACUAUCAUCCCUCGGUAGGACAUGGGAAUGCAAGCCCCCCCCCCAUAAUACUGGUGACCCUGUGCUAAAUUGCAGGGGAAUUGGCUCUAGGACUACGGUUUGCGUUUGGGCCAAGAUUAGUGCCAGGACCAGGACACGGGAACAGGUGCCCUUCCCAGAAUUUAUCUCAAGAUCGUCUAUAUCACCGGGAGUUUCCAUUCCCGUGUUUUACCCAUCCCUCUUCUACGUUUUUGAGUAAAUUUAUUAUCCUCGCGUGGCGUAAGUUGAAUUUUAACUCCGUGUCGUCGGUUGUUUACUGCGAUGCCGGUUUAUCUUGGCAACUAAUUCAUCUCAACAACUUGCUUCCGAAGACGAACACACUCUUCGUAAUCAGACUUCCUGGUUUAUAUUAUGGUCCUCGCAUCCAAUUGCGUGUUGUAAGACAGUCUGUUAGUAGUUCUGACAAGGAUAAUACUGACUAGAUUGGCCGUUUCUGACGUCCCCGUUGUCGUCAGCCAGCCAUACCCUAGAAGACGAUGACUUGGUUUGGAUCCUGCCUCACCCGGUCCUUUAUUUUUGGAGCCCUACCAUUUGAGCUUCGAGCUCACACUGUCCUUUGUGCUUGGGGACGGCGAAAGCCACAUGGGGUUGACGUUUACUACUCUUGCCCAACUGCGGCAUGGAAUCAUGGCGUUCCGUGUUGCAACGAUGUUCCAGUUUACGGCCGUCGCAGGCUCAAAAAAAAUCAACAAUCGAGUAAGAGUACUGACAAGGAAAAGAAGACUCCAGGAGUUUGUAGAUUUGAAACCCAAGGCCCAACAAAACAUCUGUGUCUCGUCUUCAAAUGCUGUUCCUUUCUAUGAGACAACUUAAUCGGCGCCCAUGCCCAUUCAUCUUGAUCUAAUGGUAUUGUCGUUGGUGCAAGCCGGGUGGGGAAACAGCAAGCGGGCUGGUGCUAUGCAAGUCUCCCUCACUGUAAUCUACUUCCUGCACAGUUUAUCGCUAUCUCCGACCUAGCGGUAUUCCAUGUUUAAGCGGUAGCCCUUUGUAGACGACAAGUUCGGAUUUUGAGGACUGAAGGCGUUCUGCUCAAUGUGUUAUAAAGUCGCAAAACUCAAUAGCCUGCCUCUUAGCAGCGGCGGCUUGUCUCGUCACACAUAUUCCUAAGCUCACGUGGUAGGCUCUAGUGCACAUAAUCCUUUGAAGUUGUGCAAAUGAGGCAGCAAUCAAGACUGACUUCCCCCCCCCUCUCUCCGGGCACACUCACCUUUCGUACGAACACGAGAGAUGAGUGUGCCGUCCCAUCAACUCCACUUGUGCCCUUCAGCGUUAAGUAUGUACGCGCCGUCCGCCUACCUGUGGGUGUUUGUGUGUGUGCAUGUUUCUGCUCGCAUUGCACAGCUUGUGUGUGCGUGACGCGUCCAGAAGGCGCGCGCUUCGGCCGACUGUGUUAUUUCUGUGCCUGUGUGCCUUGGCACGAAGAUCGAAGGCAGUGCGCUGAUGAUCCUCCGGACAGCGGCAGCGGCGACUUACGCUUUGGCCAUAUAUGGCCAAAGUACGCGCGCUCUCUCGCUGGUUUUCUUUUGCUGUCCGCUUCAUCUCGCGGGUUCUGAGAGACAGGGGGUGCUGUGUGAGGGAGACGAUGAUUCGGCCGUGGAUUGCACGCCUUUUCCCACACUUGUUUACGUUUCUUUUUACUCCGCCGUAGCAAAAACAGCUAUUUUAACUCUCCCUAAGGUGUUCCUAUCAUGUUCCUAAUAGCUGCAUUCCCACUACACUGUUGCUAUUGGCCUCCGCUUGCAGUGCGUAUGUGUGCAAGCACCCAUCGGCAAGUUUCUUCUGACGGUUGCUGAUUGUUUUGCCCCGUACCUUUGGCUUCACACAUACGACGGCUGGGCCUUGGGGAAAUCAUGCAUUUGCAUGCCGUAAAAUCAAUUCUCCCCUAGCUCUUUUUCCGACAACUGCUACUUCUGUAUUACCGCCACUACUACUACUACUACUACUACUACUACUACUAGUAAUUGCAGUACCAGCGCCGAAAUUGUGGGGUAUUCUUUUGUACGCCUACUGCUCAUGGAAGUCAGCAUAGUCUUCGCGUUUACCGACGGUCUUUAUGCUUGCUUUAGCACAGUAGGUUGGUGUAGUCAAAUGCCCAUCUUACCAGUGAAGUUCAGGCAGGGCGUCAGGAUCUCUGGGAAAACUACCUGUUAACCUCCUUUCUGACUAACCGACGCGUCCUCCGAUGACCGAUAGUGUAGGGGCUGUAAGCAAAGCGUAGCUGCAUGAUACUCGGACCCUCGAGUCCGUCGAAUAAGCAGUCGCUGACCAAUAGUGGCGUGGUUAGCAGUAGGCGACUGACCAAGGUCUAGCAACUACCGCAUUCCGGUAAGGGCACGUUGACAUGGUCAGCAUGGACCGCCACCAAACAAGCUCGUUCUCGCUCCGCCGCUUUUCAAGCCGAGCCAGGAAACCCUGUGUGCACUAAACGGAAAAAUCUCCGUUGUAUUAAAGCCCCUUUUACACGAAUCCUAACACUUGCUAGGACGUCCACUAAAACCAGCGCGUCCAGACCUGCGCCCAUGUAUCAGCUCUUGGUUAUGGAAACUGAUUUACCCGGAAAUAACAAUUGCGCAUCCCAUCCGGUGUGCAAUGUAGUACUUGACAGUCCGACUGAAGUAUCAUUUAACCCCUUGGCAGGAGGCCAGUUUGGAGUCGCCCUGGCUCCCGAACGCGACUGGGGCUGCAGUCCACAAUUCGCGGAGAUCAGUGAGAAGCAACAAAACUGUAUAAUAACAAGGCGUCAGGCGUGGACUGCCUUCCGGCGGAACUCUCCAAGUUAUGUUCAAGAUUAUUCUGGCCAACCCAACUUUAGGAAGCUGACUGGAACGACGCUGUCGACUCGGCGAUUUUAUAAAGGGGUGACAGACCCAAGCACGCCUGCUUCGCCAAUCCUGUGCCGAUGCAUGACGCAACUGCGAGGGGUCCGGCUCAUCAGUGGGCCCUCGGCGUUCCUUAUGUGCUUUCCGGUAUACGAAUUCCAGAUUUCAUGCUGCUUUGUUUAAUGUCCAAAGAAAUUAUUGCGCAAACUUAGAGUUAACCCCUCAGAACGAGGUUUUACAGGCUCCAUUCGCAAGUUUAUAUAUAAACCUUAGGACCAAAAUCCAUCAACUACGGCGAAAUGGUCGCGUUGUGUUCACAAGCUGUCAACAGGCAGUCAAUAUUAUACAAAUAGUAAGUGGUUUGCCAUAAUGACGGUAGAGGUAUCAACUGGUACCCGCAUCCUGCCACCAAGUCUGGCCAGACUGCUUUCCUCGGCUGACGCUGUCAGAGCACCAGGCGUUACAGCAGCGCUAGUGAUGCUGCAAUGUUUGCGAGCUCUUUUGCAGAAAUGCAGUAGACUGCAUCCCAGACGGGCAUGUAGACAGUCGAUACGGACCUCAUAAUGACAUCUUCUAAGCACUACAGUCAUCCUGUUAGACCUCGCGGUCGGAGGCAUUUGCCUGCUUGGUUUGGUAGACAGCCGCAGCAGUCCAGAGCCAUGUGGACAAAGUUGAAGUCCGCCAUUAGGUAAACUGGGCGGGUAUCGCCCUCGUCCCAGUUUUGUUACCAUUGGAGUAGACUUGAACUCAGUGUGAUGACUAAGAUGUGGAUUUGAGACGCUGCCGUCAACAGACUUCUCAACGGAUGUGAAACAUGAGCUGUAUGCUCAGAAGUCCUACACUACGUGGCAACUUUCGCCUAAAUGUAACUGUCCUCCAGUCUGCAUAAUCUUCUGCGUGAUCACGUCUUCCACUCAGGCAUGUUCUGUGUCGACCGUGUCCAACAAUGGUUGAUGGCGGCUGUCCAUUUUGUCAAAUGUUGGCGUAGGAGUAGGUAGUUAGAGCCAACCAUAAGCCCAUCCCAUACUUUAUAGCUGUCAGUCGCGGGCUGGCAUGCCAACUGGCCCAAUUUCGCUCCGGAAUCUUCCACCGACCGAUUGAUAUUUUGGACCUACAGCAUGCACUCGGUUGACUUACUUCUGGUAGAUUUCAUCACAAGUGACUAAGUAACAGCAUUUCCCACAAAGACAGGGGAUACUGGAAUGGCCAGCUCUGGCUUGUCAGCCGUCACCAGCCAGCCAUAUCCAGCCCCGGAGUAUGCAACCCCCGAGACCCAAUCUCGCGAUGUAUUGGUUAGAAAUCCAACGCCCCAACAACUGGGCCACGGGCUCGUCCUCACGGUUGCUGGAGGGACUCGAGAGAGAGAGAGAGCCCUUGGGCACAAAGGGACGAGCGAGUUCUGUAGGGUGAUCGGUGCGCGCCCAUCUACCAUUGACUAAGCGAUUUAUACGCCCAGUUCGGCGUAUAUCGAUCCGUUGUCUUCUAGAAGCAAACUAGUUCCGAGGUCCCAACAGGCAAACACCUGCCAGGCCGAACUGGGCGAAGCGAUUAUAGCAGAGAGCAGUUGAGCAACAGUCACCCUCUGUACGAACGCUGCCAUAUGGCUCACCAGAUCGGUGCACAGUCACGCUUGGAGGUUUUAUCGCCGCACAAUCUCUCGUUAAUGCAUGCAUGCCGGCAUGCGCAUUUUCCAUUAGGAAUCCUUCGCGCUCUUGUAAGAGUCCACUGUCAAGGACGAAGGCGAACAAAUGAACGGUCACAGUAGCGUCUUACGGCGUGCCAGCCUCCCAGUUUUUUCGUCGAGACACCGAGGCUGGAGGGCGCUGCUUAGUGUGCUAUUUUACGAGAUUUUAAUGUCGGAUACCGCUGCCCACAGCCGUGAUUUCAACUCCGCGGACACAAAUGAUGGUGUGAAUGGGCAACAGUGCAGGUCGAGAACUGUUUAAGGUCUAGACUUCUGACACCUCUAUUGACCGGCAUGCCGGUCUGCCGCUGACUUAUCACACAACCACUAACCGAAAUUUCUCCAUGUGCUUUCUAGCGAAAAAGGCUACCUAAAUGAGACUGGCUCUGAGCCGGAUAUCUAUACAGUUCAUUCAUGGCAGAACGCGACUUUUGGAUGAAUAUCCUUUCAGCCAUUUUAUGUGAACUGCAUAGAUUUUCAAUGCUUGCCCAGUUUCAGUCGUAUCUGUCAGGCGUGAUGCUCAAAGCUUCAUUUAUUUUACCCAUUUUGUGGAAAAUUAUGUCAGAUUCGAUUUUAGUGUUUAAUAGAAAAGAGUUUUUUCAUUUUUUGAAAGGUUUUUAAGCAUCAAUAUACUUCGAAACACAGGCUGCACACUCACUCUUCGAGGUUUUCACCCCACAAGAUAUUCUUUUUUCCUCAGCUAAAUUCCUAAAUUCCUUUGGGGCAUUAAGGGCAGGCCUCCUGAGGCCCGCCAUAUGUUGUGGCGCAUGCGGGUUACUUUGUCGAUGGCACAUUUCACGAACAAUCGUAUAGGCAUCUCGAAAUUAUUUUCUGAUAAGUAGUGGGGAUGUCGUUUUCCAAAAAUUAGGUCUUAUGGUUGUGAUUGUUCUGUAUCCUCUCUAGAAAGAUGAAUAAAUUAUUGCUAACACCAACGAUCAAUCAAAAACCACUAAUCUUAUAAGCCGUGCUCUUCUCCCGAUUGAGAUUAAGAUAGAUUGCUGAGCAGAUUCUCAGUUAGAAGACGACUUGCUAUCAAACAUUGCAUCCCAUUAUGCGUUGCAGCCUCAUCAAAGUAAUAUUCUCUGUUGGAAGGCGUGCUUGAGGAUUUUAGUCACCGUUCCGGCAGUUGCGGUACAUACCGCAUAUUUAAGAACGCUAAUUCAUGGGUGAAGCUAAAUACGAAAGAGUGUAUGCUUGCAAUGUUUCUGAAGCGUGCAAAAAACUUGUGGGGCGAGUCGAAAAACUCACAAACUUAGCUUCUAUAAAGACUUUGGUGAAGAUUCGCCAGAGUCUCAUAUCGUGGUUUCGGGGUUCAAACCCAGCUUCCAUCGGUUUCUUCAUUGAGUCAAAAAAAUUUGGACACCAUCGGCUGAAGAAAGUUGCUUGGAACAUAAGCCAAAUUUCUUUUUUACGAGUAAUGCUGUUCCAUUUUGUGAAAAUGCCUCUCUGUUCAAACUAACCGGUAUUUGAGUACUUCCACGUUGGAGUUUUCGUUAAAGUGAUUAUAAUCGACAGCUUGCGUCAACACUGCUUCGAUUUUGGCUUCCAGGUUACGUUAACCGCUUCUAUCUUUCUGCCUUUUUGCAGAUGUCUCUGAAGGACAGUUUCAUCAGUAAAGAAAAGAAUACCAAGAAAAACGGCAAGCUGCCUCUUUCGCGCCCCCGGCCGAGUCUCCACGAACCGGUCAAAGAUUCCCCCGCGGACACCGCUGCACGCAAGCUGAGUGGCACAGCCACACCUAGUGUGGCUACCGAAUCGACCAGGCCGGUCAGUACCUGUUCACUACCUUUUCAUCAUCCUCAUCUACCUCGUGCUUGGUAGCAGACUAAAAUACGUCGCUGUGCCCAUUCGUAUCAGGCGUGUCUUCAACGCAGAGCACACGUAGGUAUCAAGAGCAUGCAGGGGCUCCCGACGGUCAAUGAAGUUUCACAGAUUGCAGUAUAAGCCCGUACAGUCAAAUGAUCUCAGGUUUUGUUUUGUUUGGCGCUGCCUUGACGUUGCGACUCCUUAAUUAUUUUAACAACCAAGGGCAUCCGCCAUUCAUGCCGCCAAUUGCAACAGACGACUCCCCGUACGAUUGCAAAGCUGACAAUGAACUGAGAAGCCCUGAAUCUUGUAUGCCAUGCCGCCUUUUUGGCAGGCGUCUCCCAGACAGCAGUUGUGCCUGUUGUGGAGGGAGACUUAAUUGUUUUGCGUCCACUUUAUAAUCUACCUCAGUGAUCUUACUGAUUUCGCCGUCUCUAUAGGUAGCCUUGCGCGUAUUGAAUCUGUUGCAAAGAUUGUUACGUCCAUUAUAAAAGGCUGUAGAUGUGGUGCAUGCCAUUAAGCACAACUCCUGUCGUGUCCCACCGUCUCGAUCGAAGGUAGUCUCGCAUUGUGCCUUCUCAUAUACUGUCUUCGGGCAGAAAUUUCCUGUGGGAGGGAAUACACUGUAAACUUUUUUGGCGCAUUCGCCUCCCCCCCCCUCCCCCCCAUACCGUCUUUCGACACUUUCCUCUACACGUACCCUUCAGGUCUCAACCGUGGGAGAUGGAGAGAAGCCGGCUCCGGCGGGGGCGGCUGCGUGUGGCAUAAAUCCCGCCGACGUUCAGCAGCUACUUGACGAUAUGCGGAAGAUGAAGAUCAUCAUAAAGGGUCACGAGAGACGGAUCAAACAGUUGGAGGAACGCCAAAAGUGA